AUAUAUAUAGGCAUAUGCCGCGAACCGUUUUGAGUGAUUUUUUGUAAAUAAAAUCAGCAGACGCAGAUAGAAGGGAAGAAUUGGUUGAUUGAUUGAUCAGAGACAAUCAUCAAGCUGGGUUUGAAGUUAAUUGAAUCCAUGGCGGAGGAGUUUCAGAGUAGUGGAAAUUGGUGGGAAGCUUCUAGAAGCCGCUACGAGGCCGAAAUAUCCCCUUCCUCCUCCGCCGCCGCUGCCGACCCCAAUUUGCACAUCACCGGCUUAGCCCUGGAUUGGAACCAACCCCUCUUUAGGGGCGGCGGCGAGAAGGCGGCGGAGGGCAGUUUCCGGUCUAUGCUGCAGCCGGAUAAUAUGAAUUUGAAUAUGCUACAAGAAACAGAACAACAACAACAACAACAACAGAUUCAGUGGAUGAGAUCAGAGAAGGGAAUAAACAGAGGAUUUUCAUUAGAUCAUCAUCAUCAUCAGCAGCAGCAGUUCACCAGCCCUUCCCACUACAGCUCAAGCGACAGCGCCGUCACCAGUUUCCCAAUCGACACCACCACCGCCGCCGCCACUCUGUACGGAAACUCCACAACAUUAUUACAAGGCUUAUUAGGCGGUGAGCAACAGCAAGUCUCAGCAGCAGCAGGUAUGAACUUCCCUUACAAUUCCCAUUACGGGAUAAACUCCAACGAGUUCAUGUCGGCGGGUGCGUCGUGGUCACCUUCAACAAAACUGCCUCAGUUCUUAAGAAACUCAACGCCACACAGUCAAUUACAGUUUUCAAACAACACAGCCUUCUGGAACGCGUCGGACAUGAAAGACGUGAGACCCAGUUAUGUUCCGACGUCGUAUAACACCAUACCCGAGAAACCAAAGAAUAGUUCAGAGAUUGGUGAUUCAGUAAGCGUGGGGAAGAAAAGUGGAAAUGAUGGAAAUCAACAACAAUCCGGCGGUGGAAAACGGGGACGAAAUGAGAGUCCUUCGGCAUUGCCAGCGUUUAAGGUAAGGAAAGAGAAGAUGGGGGACAGAAUCACUGCCCUGCAACAACUGGUAUCACCUUUCGGAAAGACUGAUACAGCUUCAGUGCUGUCUGAAGCGAUUGAAUACAUAAAGUUCCUCCAUGAACAAGUGGGUGUUUUGAGCACUCCAUAUUUGAAGAGUAGGAGUGAUAAAUGGAAGGAAGGCGAGGGAGAAGAAGAUCUGAGAAGCCGAGGGCUUUGUUUAGUUCCUGUUUCCAGUACAUUUCCUGUCACCCACGACACCACCGUCGAUUUUUGGACUCCUACCUUCGGAGGAACCUUCAGAUAAAUUUAUUUAAUUAAUUAAUCUAAUUACUUUUACUUUACUUAACCAAUUAUAAUAACCUCAAUUCAUGCAUUUCUA